AUGUCUUCGGUUAUUGACAUCAGACUGAAAAGAGCAAACAAAAUUUACCAUGAAAACGAUAUUCUUACAGGACUUGUUGUUAUAAGCAGCAAAUCGGAGAGCAGUCACAAUGGCAUAACAUUAGCUUUGGAUGGGACAGUUAAUUUGCAGUUGAGUCCUAAGUCUGUCGGCACGUUUGAGGCGUUUUAUAAUUCCAUUAAACCCAUUCCGCUUAUAUCAUACACCUGUGAACUGAUAAAACCUGGAAAAUUGCCAUCAGGUACUAUAGAAGUACCUUUUGAAAUAACGUUGGUACCCCAAAACAAAACAAGGCCUUUGUAUGAAACUUAUCAUGGUGUUUUCAUCAAUAUUCAAUAUUUAAUCACUGUUGAUAUGAAAAAAUCAAUUCUCAGCAGGGAUAUAUCAAAACAAUGUGAAUUUAUUAUGGAAAACGGGGCUAGUCGUGGAGAAAAAGCCUGUCAAAUGCAUAUUGAUUUUGUGCUUAAUCCUUCAAGUAUAAGUAGCAAAGAUAAAGCAUAUUUGCCCAGUUUUGAAAUUGUUGGAUCUGUUGAUUCUACAAAAUGUUGCAUCACUCAGCCUUUCACUGGAAAUAUAAAUGUUUUGAAAUCAAAUGUGAGCAUAAGAUCAAUUGAAAUUCAACUCAUAAGAGUUGAAACUUGCGGUUGUGCUGAAGGCUAUGCUAGAGAUGCGACUGAAAUUCAGAAUAUCCAAAUUGCCGAUGGUGAUGUAUGCCGAGGCUUGGACAUUCCUCUAUACAUGGUAUUCCCGCGACUCUUCACAUGUCCCACCCUCUUCACUGAUAAUUUCAAAAUAGAAUUUGAAAUCAACAUAGUCAUUAUCUUCUGCAAUGAUCACAUGGUCUCAGAAAAUAUUCCCAUCAGACUCAGCAGAUAUUGA